UCCGAGGCUGGACUGGCGCUGACAGCAGGCUGGACUGGGGAAAGCUGUACUGCAGCAAGGUGGACCGGGGCGGGAGGUGGCGAGGAGGAACGCACGCGCAUCCUCCCGGCUGGAUGGUUCGCGGGGGAUGUUCCGGCUCCUAAACAAACGUGAGGCGUAAUAAGGCCAAGCAUCCCGAGCCGCGCGAACUGCGUCACUGCACGAGAGCGUUGCAGGUAGGCUGCAAACUCUGCCCCCGCCGGGAGAGCAGCAUGCUUCACCCCCCCACCAUGUCGCCGGCGAGCGUUUGACGAUCCAGCCGGGAUGGAUUCGGCGGAGGAUUCCAGCAAAGAUCCGCUCGGAUCCACGUUUUCCUCGGCUCCUAAUUUGGACUCGGACAUUAAUGCAAAUGCCUGCAGGCCCGUGUACGAGAAUGGGACGGAUCACAAUGUCAACAUACAGAACGCUGCCCUGCGUGGCGCGAGUGACCCCAGCGCGUACCCCUCCACGGACUACCGGGGGCUGGUGCGCCAGAGGUUCGUCCGCCGGAGCCUGUGGGUGUCGGACGCCGAGGAGCAGCCGGUGGACCCGCCGGAGCUCAUCAGCAGCAGCCCGGUGCUCAACAUAGACCUGAGGACCAUUGUGGACCGGAGUCGGACCCGCGUCCUGCACGGCACGCGCCUCCAGGAGACCUCCAGCACGGAGAGCCAGGUGGGCCUGAAAGACAGCGCCACGGAGAGCGCGAGCGCGGACGAGGAGAAGGGGGACAGGGGCGAGAGCGAGCCCCGGGCGGAGGUGGGGGGCGCGGAUGUCACAGGUAAAGCCGGAAGUGAUGAAAACGAAGAGGAGCCUGGGAUGAAGGCCGUGUCCACCUCGCCUGGGGGGCGGUUCCUCAAGUUUGACAUUGAGCUCGGAAGAGGAUCCUUCAAGACCGUCUAUAAAGGUCUGGACACGGACACCUGGGUGGAGGUGGCAUGGUGUGAACUGCAGGAACGGAAACUGUCCAAAGCUGAGAGACAGAGGUUCAAAGAAGAAGCGGAGAUGUUAAAAGCUCUGCAGCAUCCUAACAUCGUGCGCUUCUACGACUUCUGGGAGUCGCCGCUGAAAGGGAAGAAGUGUAUUGUUCUGGUGACAGAGCUAAUGACCUCAGGGACACUAAAAACGUAUCUGAAGCGCUUUAAGGUCAUGAAGCCCAAAGUUUUGAGGAGCUGGUGCAGACAGAUUCUCAAAGGCCUCCACUUCCUCCACACAAGGGCGCCUCCCAUCAUCCACAGAGACCUCAAGUGUGACAACAUCUUCAUCACCGGACCGACGGGCUCCGUCAAAAUAGGCGAUCUGGGCCUGGCCACACUGAAGAGGGCCUCUUUUGCUAAGAGUGUGAUCGGUACUCCGGAGUUCAUGGCUCCGGAGAUGUACGAGGAGCACUAUGACGAGGCCGUGGACGUCUACGCCUUCGGGAUGUGCAUGUUGGAGAUGGCCACUUCAGAGUACCCCUACUCCGAGUGUCAGAACGCCGCUCAGAUUUACCGCAAAGUCACCAGCGGGGUGAAACCUGCCAGCUACAGCAAAGUCAGUGACCCAGAAAUCAAGGAAAUAAUCGGCGAGUGUAUCUGUCACAGGUGGGAGGAAAGGUUCUCCAUCAAGGACCUCCUGAAUCACGCCUUCUUUGCAGAGGACACAGGCGUGAGGGUCGAGCUCAACGAGGACGACGAUGGGAAGAAAGCAACGAUCGCUCUCAAGCUCUGGGUCGAGGAUCCCAAAAAGCUGAAGGGGAAAUACAAAGACACCGGCGCCAUCGAGUUUACCUUCGACCUGGUGAACGAGAUCCCAGAAGUUGUUGCUCAAGAAAUGGUGGAAUCUGGUUUUUUCCUGGAUAGUGACGUGAAGAUAGUUGGGAAGUCCAUCCGAGACCGCGUUGCUCUGAUCAAAUGGAGACGGGGGCGUACCGUUUCAUCAAAUGGAAACGGUGACGUCGCUGUGAAGAAGAUACAGCAGAACUUACUGCAGGUGCCCGGCGCCGGCGGAACACAGAUAUCCACGCUCGCCGCCACAGAUUACGAGGAUCAGGACGGCGAGCAGCAGACUCUGACCUGUACAGUGCCAGUGACGUCUGCCACAUCCGACGGUGGACUGGGCAACACGAUGCAGUUAGACGAACUGAACAAUCAGCAGAACGGCCCCUACCACUCACUUCCGGAGCCUAUUUCUACCGCGCAGAUAAUCUACAGUCCUCCUGCACAGUGCGACCCUCAGCUGCACCAGGGACCCUACCAGCCGCCCGCCGCUCAGACGACGCACGAAAACUACACACAAGCAGCUACACAGUUACAGCAGGGGGCGUACCAGCAGGCCGCGGGGCAGCUCCACCCCGGGGCCUACCAGCAGCCUGGAGCAGAGCCGCAGCAGGGGCCUUAUCAGUGUCAGACCACAGUCUCUGCUCCAGCGACACCGGGCCCUGCAGCGCACCAGAGCAGACAGGCGGCGCAGAGUUACCCGGCUGCAGCCCCGCCUCUCCAGACCCAGCUGACGGCCCAGCCCAGCCAGGAACAGUGCCAUCUCCAACCAGCUGCUUUCCUGCCCCAGCUGUUAUCUGCUGACCAGCCUGCAUCCCACCUGAGUCCUCCUGACACAUCUACCAGUUUCCCACAGUCAGUCUCCAGUGCUCCUCCCCAACUCCUGCCCCUGCAGAUCACCACACAGUUUUCCUCACCAUACGCAGUUGUUCAAACAGGGGGCCUCAGGCCCCGUCCAGUCUCCCCAUCUCCUCUGUCGUCUGCCUACAGCAGCAGUGACCCUCCUAUGUCUAGCUCCUACUACUCACCCUCGCCACGCCAUUACUCUCUUCCUCUGACCCCUCACGCCGCGUUGCCCUCUGUACCAAGUCUUGGCAGCCCCCAGACCCCUCUGUCCACGCCUCAGCAUGUGCCGAGCAUGGCACUCCCGAUCCCCCUUCUGGUCAUGACCAUGCCCCCUGUGGUGCCCCUGCAGCAGGGCGGCCCCCCCACGUGUCAGUCCAGCCUUGGCUUCCAUCCCACCCAUCACUUACCCCUCUCUCAGGUACAACCCACCCCAUACCCUACCCUCAACCCUGAGCAGGAACUUGCUGAGCUGCCUGUCCAGGCCAUUGCUCCACAUGGGACUUUAGGAGACGCUCAGCUUUUGGCUCCUGUUCAGACUCCUCUCUGGGGAAGUAAAGCAGAUACAGAAGCUACAGCAGCUGGCCCAGACUUUACAAUUGCUCCCACAGUGUCCGUCCUCGAUCCAGCCUCUGCCUCCGUCUCAGCUAUAGCGCAAGUUGAAACUCAAGGCCCAGCACAAACUCAAGCUCCGGUACGAGCACAAGAUGCAGUUCCUGUGUCAGCUCAAGUUGGAACUGUCACUCAAACUCCAACACCCUCCCUUAAAGCCCCAACUCCAGUUCCAAUUCAAGUUCCAACCACAUCACAUUCUCCACACUCAGCACCGGUAUCUACGUCCGCUGCCACUUUAGAACUAACAAAAGUCUCCUCUUUGAGCUCUGACACACCUUCAGUUGUGGGAAAACCACAAAUCUCAGUCGCAGGUUUAGCGUCUGGUUCAGCGUCUGUCGGUCUGCCGGCAGCAGUCCAGCCUGCAGCCGCUGCUCCCGUCUCUGCCGCAGCUCCGCCUCUGCAGCCUGCUGGCAUCCACACAGCGGUCUCAUUACCGGAGUGUGCCAACCUGACCACAGCACAACUGAAUCUGGAAACCACAUCCAGCACCCUUCAGCAGGAACCUUGUUUGGAGGAUGUGCAUCGGGACAAACCAACAUCUUUACCUAGUUAUGCAUAUGACAGUGUGAACUCUGAUGUAGCAUCUGGUAAAGAAACAAGCGAUGGCUACGAUAGCUUGGCUAGUGGAGGCAAGGGGGAUGGAAAACCCAGGAAACACCAUCGCAAAUCUGCACGAACACGUUCCAGGCAAGAAAAGACCAGCAAACCCAAACUGAGCAUGCUGAAUGUUUGCAACACUGGCGAUAAAAUGGUCGAAUGCCAGCUGGAGACUCACAAUCACAAAAUGGUGACAUUCAAGUUCGAUCUGGAUGGAGAUGCCCCGGAAGAAAUCGCCACUUACAUGGUGGAAAAUGGCUUCAUUCUUCCACUGGAGAAGGAAAUAUUUAUAGACCAACUCAAGGAUAUCGUGGACAAAGCUGAAGACAUGCUGAGUGAAGACUUGGAGGGGGAAAGAGACUCGGCUUUGAGUUGUAGUCCACUACAAGGCCAGAUGUCUGAAGGGCUGGCAGGAGAGAAUCAGCAGUCUGGAGCACAGCAACCUGUCUACCAACAAAAUGUCCUGCACACAGGAAAGAGAUGGUUCAUAAUCUGCCCGGUCGAGGAGACGCCCACGUCUAGUCAGGAGACUGCCUCCGAUGGGACGGCAACACAGUCACCUGGAAGCUCAGCCGCCACGCAGCCUUCUGACAUGAGCACAGCAAGGCCGCCUACAUCCAGAGCUGAAAAUGGAUCCUCCUCUACGAUGUCUGGUGGGAGUGGAGGCUUCUCCUAUGACGUGUAUGGGUUCUGCAGUCCUCCGAUCAUGUCCAACACAGAUCCGCUCCUCCUCGCCACCCUGUCUCCCCCCGUGUCUGCACCUCCGACUCUCCAGUCGGUGUCGUCAGUGGAGCCUGCAGGCAGCUCGCUGCAGCAGAGUGUGCACCAGGCCCAGCCAGCCAGAGCUCAGACGUUCCCCUCAUCAUCCCCACACGCUUCCUUUGCAGUGGAAGACUCAAAGGGGUCUCCUCUGGGUUCCGUCUCCCCGGUUCAUGCAUCUCAGCAGAUGCCCGAUCUGACAUGCCCCGCAUCGAUUGCUGACGAGGUGCCCUGCUGCCCUCUGGUCAUGCCCCUGUCUCUUGAUGUGAGCACUUCACAGGGCGGCUCUCCUCUCACUCCUCUUCCCCUUCAGGAGUCCGGGUCAGCCAAAGACCAGCCAUCCGUCUCCUAUGCUCCCGCCGCGCGCGGCGAGCGACCGCAGCAGCCCGUAGUGCUUCACCAGCCCUUUUCUACCGUGGGAGGCACUAAAGUGCCCUCACUGCCCCAAAGCCCGGCGCCAUCGCAGCACGCCGUGGGCCCCACGGAGUCCGACGGGGAAGGGCGGAUCGGCCGCGGAGGCUUCGUGGACAGCACCAUAAAGACUCUGGAUGAAAAGUUAAGGAAUCUGCUCUAUCAGGAAUACGCUCCCAUGUAUCCGUCCGGCAGUUCUGCAGAAACACCAGGAUCCGGCACAGAAUACAUCCAGUCUCCUCCUGGUCCAGACAGCGCCACCGGGGGGUCCGGGAACAGCACGCCGGGGCCAAUAGGAGAGGGCCGCUACAGAGGAGGAGAACAGCUGCCUCAAAUUCCAGAACGAAUGGAUAGUUUGAGCACACUGAGUGACUCAGCUGUGUGUGCUUCCUUGUCCAGAAGAAAUGUUCCUCACUCUAUUUCCUGCUCCGGUACUCGAGGUCGAUUUAAGAUCAUGUCCGUUCCUCCUGAAGUUGCCAACAGGCGAGACGUGAAGCAGAGGAGCUGGAGCAGCGCCGCCUCUCCGGCUCACCCUGCUGGAUAUAACGGUGACCACGCUCACCCCGAGGCCAUGGCCACCUCAACCACGAUCGGCCGUUUCUCCGUGGUGAGCACCGAAGACGACAUCACCCAGAGGACACGCUGCAGCCGCUAUUCCGCCCCGCCCGAUUUCUACCUGGACACGCCUCCCUCCAUGGCCAAGCGGGGCUCCCUGCCUCGCGCCGUGACCUCCGCCUCGGUUCCCGUGGACGUCACGGUCCACGCUCGCUUCCUAUCCUCAGACUCCGGGGCGGAGAGCAGCCCUGCCAAGCUGGCCCACGCCACCCCGUCCCAGCACUCCCGCUCCGAGCGCAGAGGAAGCGACCUCAUGAAGAGGGCGGUGGCCUUCCUCCGCCGCUCCGGCCGCAGCAGCAGCGUGCAGAGCUCUGACUCGCCGAGCAGGCACGGAGGAGGCGUGCACGGCUCUGCCUACGCCAGCAGCGACAAUGACUCGGAGAUGGAGGAUUCCGAUAUCAAGAGGGAACUGCAGAGACUCAGGGAGAAACAUCUGAGGGAGAUCUCAGAGCUGCAGGCCCAUCAGCGGGGGGAAGUGGAGCUGCUGUAUCGCAGGCUCGGCAAACCUCCUCCUCCUGGCCUGGGCCUGUCACACACUGCGCCGCACGCCGGCCGGAGGAAGAGGUCCAGCAAGCACAGACUGAAGCCGGGCAAACUUCUCAGCCCGUUGGUUCAGCAGUUCAGAAAUGUCACAACCAAAACCAGUGACUCCAGCAGAAACAGUGCUGCUACUGGUGCAGGUGAGCCCACAGUGAGUUUAAAUGGCUCUCCGGCCAAAGGUCCUUUCCCCACGCACAGCAGAGCGCGCUCAUGCACCAGCCACCUUCCCAGCUCCACGGAGCCGGUGCAGACUCAGCAGCCCUGCUCCCUCAAGGGCUCUCUGUCUUCUGAUAAUAUUUACACUGGACUGCAUGGAGAUGGCGCCGGAACCCAAGCUCCUCCCGGACAAGGCUGGUCUAAUUACCCUCAACCAUCUGAGAGAGUCACCUAUAAAUCCAGUAGCAAGCCACGAGCUAGAUUUCUCAGUGGGCCUGUGUCUUUGUCUAUCUGGUCAACUCUGAAGCGUUUGUGUCUGGGCAAAGAGCGAGGCAGUAGGUCUGGAGCUUCAGCAUCAGGAGCUUUCAAUCAACCACAGCAGCUGCCGAGUGGAGUCGCACCUUCUCCCCACCAGCCAGUGAUCGGCCUGGCCCAGGCACAGGCAAAUAACAGCAACAACAAGAGAGGCACGCACAGUGGCACGCCCAUGAGUGCCCUGGAAAGCAACCUGGCCGAAGACUUACAGCGCCUCAUGGAUGACUGGGCCCAGGAGGUUCUGAUCGUCACUCACCGACCGCGAACCAACUCUCUGAGCAUCAGUGGACAGAAGCUUUGUGAUCAGGUUGAGCCGCCAGAACAGCUCUAUAGAAACACAGAGAUGCCAUCAUGGACAGCUCCCGGUUCAGAGGGGAACAGCGCGCCCCUGUCAUGGCCUGACAGCCCUGGUACGACGGUGGUAGCCAGGCCCUCUGCAGGGCCCCAUCCCAGUUAUCAGCUGUGCUCCCCGGCUCCGUUCCAGGCCUUGUCCUCACCUCUUCCCGUCAGCCCUUGGCCCGGGCUGCUCUUUCCCCUCCCGUCAGUCUUUGCCUUCCCUGACAUGCCCGCCGCAGCCCAGGAUCCCCACUGCCCCGUCCCCGCGCCGUCGUAUCAACCAGCUGACCCCAAGGCCAGGACUCUCUAAUCCCAGUAGCAUUGUGUCUUCCAAUUCUGUUACCAAAAAGAGCUCUCGUUAUAGUUCUAAUCAAUCUUAUGUGCAUAUGCUGUAUAUAUUCAACCAGCAUAUAUGUAAUCAUGUGUAUAUAAUCAUCUCUAUUCUUAAGUUUUAUGCUAUUUCUUUCCAUUUACAUCAACAUACCUCAUGUCCAUAUUACAGUACGUAGUCUUUGACAGCAGUCUAAUAAUAAUAGUACUUUUAAAGUAUAAAUAAGCCCAAUACGGCUUCAAAGUACAGAUUUUUGCCGUUGUAUAUGUACAUUACCACUCACUUAAAGUUCAUAAUGUACUGUUCUUGCUAAGUUCAUGUUAAUAGUUGAUGUUUGCGUUGCUCAUAUCGACUCUAUAUACAAGCUGCCGUGUGUAUAUAUGAAUUCUUGUUAGUUUGUACAUAGCUCCCGUUAUUGUACAGUUACCAUUAGAUAAUCCAUAGGUUGGUGCUGCAACUACGUGUCUUAAAGCAACACCUUAUUCGCCGCCAUCAUGCCAUCACUGUGAAGACUUGAUAUCCUGGUCAGUAGGGCCGGUCGCUUUACUCUCUCUCUCUCUCCCCCCCCCUUCUCUCAGUCCAAGGAUAGGUUUCAUUCUUCAUCGAUGAAAUGCUUCCAGCACAAGCGCUUGAAAUAUCUUUAAGAGAUUUGAAUGAACUUGAACUUUAUCUUCAGGUGACAACAAUCACCUGUGAGAGUGCCUUGAAUAGCAGUUUCCAUUUUCUGGGGAAAAGCAUUUAGAUUCAAAGCAGACACUGAAUAUUCUAUAUAUGCUUUCACAUUAGUAGGUAAAUUAUGUAAUUUGAAUACUGAAUGUGGAUUAAAACAUGUUUGAUUUAGAAGCAACACAUACCUAAACAUCACAAUCUGGUGUUGUAGUUUGUUAAAUAUCAGAGAUUGUAAAGAAAAUAACGAUUUAAACUAAAUUCUAGAAUAUAUUUACUGUAAGUUGUUCCUUGAUCACUGAAGUCCUGUUCUUGUGGGAUCGCUCGGCCACCUGCACUCUGCAGCCUGCAUGAACACACUGAUACUGAAUGUGCACAGGUUGAUGUGGUGCGCUACAGGAAGAUGUUGCAAGCAGAAACAAGCUUUGAUUCUGUGUGACAAGGAUGGCUAAAGGACUCAGCAUAAGAGUUAAAACCAUAAUCAUCCCAUACCUCAACUAAUGCAAUCUGUAGCUUUACAUAUUGUUGCCUUUGUGGUUUUUAAGAGAUUACUGAGUGGUGGGUUGGUUGUUUGGUCAACGCGAAUGAUCUGACAUUGUUAGAGGAACAUGAAGAAUGUGAAUGAAUUGUUGAGAAUCUGUUCCACAUGUCAUUUGUACUUUGUGUAGGUUUUAAAAUCACAUCUGUGAGAUGAUGCUGUCCUCACACCGUCUUGGAGUUCUCGCAGGAGUUUUCAUGUUUUAGUCUUUCAUGGGCUGAAAAGCAAACUUGAAACAUUUCGUCAGUGCAACUCUCAGCAUCUCUCUUAGAAUAAUUCACCAUUAAUUUAAUGUGUUUCUAAAAUACAAAACGAGUAAUAAAGAGUCUGUAACCGAAACACUGCUCCAUGCUGCCUGCAGACAGAAAUUAAAGUUAUAUAUUAGAUUAUUUGCUGCAUGAGAUAUUUAAAAACAGUGACUGUUUCAGAUGGUAAAUGUGAUUCAUGCACAGGAUCGGCAGUGUGCUGCUGAGGACAAACAUAUUUCAGCCAAUCACAGGAAGCUCAUGCAAUUAAAUAAGGUUGAUGGUUUAAUCCCCAGAUUGUGUCUGUGGAGAGGAUGCGAAACCCCAAGAUUCUCCUAAUGCCGUCGAGCAGCUUGAGUGAUUUAAAUAAACAGCCUGUCAUAGCAUAACACACUAUUUUCUCUGUUCACAAAAAACAAACACAAAAAAAAACAAACAAACAGCCAAACUGACCUCUUCUGUAAUUAAUCAGAAUGGUGGUGUGUGAAGCACAUACUCAAAACCCAGUGUGUGUUAAUUUUAGUGCAGGUAAUAUACUGACACACAAAUCCUCUCUGGAAAAUACAACCCCUGCCUAAACGGGUAUUUUAAUCUAAUUGAUAUUGGAAGGAUUGGUUUCCAGUAGAGGCACAAAACAGAGAGGUUUUAUGAAAAAAAAAAAACAGAAUAAUUCAGCCAAGGUCUAAUUAUUCUUGGACAGCUCAAGAAAUACUAGCAGCUAAAUAUAUAACAACAUAAAAGAUCCCAUCCAGCAUUUUAAUUUAGUUCACCUGUUUUCAGGGUCAUAUAUUAGUUAUAAUAAAAACAGACCAAGUGGAGCUCCUUAUGUUGAAUAUUUAGAUUGAUAUAUAAAUUCACUGGUGUCCCUUUAAAGUCAUUUCUUGUUUGCACUGUAUCACAAUGCUUUGAAAGUGAAUAUUUGUCUCUGAAUCAAUAUUCGUUCAAAGAUGACAUAGAUUGUGUUUGAGAACAUUUCCUAUGCAGUUUGUUUUUGUGCUUUAAACCGUAGCUUCCAUCGUUAUUCGCUUUAAUGCUUGCAGCAAAAGCUCCAUGUAUGAUUGCUUUGCCUGCUGUGUUUUCCCAGCACUUUCCUGACCUUGUCAGACCGAUACUCUAAAAAAAAAAACUGUACAUACUUGAAGACAGAAUUAAUAAAUUUCAUUUUGGCUUGACACAA